AUGGUAGGUCUUCCAAAUGACAACCAUAGCCAGAAAGCAAGGAACCAUAGCCGAGAAGCGUGGCAGCGAACAGGGACACUAUCGACCUCUUGGGACGGGUCAUCCGGGGUCAGCAGCGGUCCUACCAGCGAGAUAGCCAUCCAUGAUAGGUCCCAUAACCUGUGGCACAGGACAGAGCUAACGAUAGGGGCAGGAGAGGUGGACUCAAUCGACAAAGGAACCAUUACAGAAUGCUCACUGCUAACUGCUCCAAUCGGCGAGUAUGAUGGACGAGCUGUCACCUUCACUCCCAUUCGUCACGUAUUUAGCCAAUGA